CGUCGCUUGCCAUGUCGCCAUCGUCACCAUGUCACCGCCCUGUGACGUCCCGGUCAUCCUUCAUCGGCGUCGCGAAGACAAAAGAAGGGAGAGAGGUGCCUGCCGGGUCAGAACCGGGUCCGGCGAAACCCCCAUCCAGGUAAUCACGGAACGUCAACGUUCGCCGAUCCAGACUCGUUCAAAAGCAAGAGCAAGAAUGGCUGAAGAAAAUGUACCAAGCCGUAUUGCGGUCAUGGAAAGUGAAAUGAAGCAAGUCUUCAAUGUGCUUCAACAACUUUCAAAGCAGAUAGACUCCAUCCAGGGCAAACUCACUCCCGCCUCGGCCUCAAUCGAGGUAUUGUUGCCACAAACAUCUACUAGGGGUGAUCAAGGUGGAGAUACCGACGAUAACAUGCUAGAAUUGGAGGAUGAUCCGCACCCAACCAUGAUCGAGAAAGCUAGGCCAGACAGUGUGUCUAAAACUGAGCAUGACAAACGCCUCGAAAAGCUUGAGGAGAAGCUGAAAUGACUGCAAGGCCUCCAAGAUCCUACUUUGACGGACCUCUCCAUUUAUUCCAAUGUCAAAAUGCCGGAAAAAUUCAA